ACUUUAUUUUGAUUACUCACAGUGGGACUGACCAAUCAGCUUCAUUCCAAUAAAUAAAUAACCCGACAACAGUCAUCUGCUAUCCCACAGUAUAGUGACCCCUGCUCUGGUGUAGAUAUUAUAGCUGCAAUUUAACAGCUAUAACAUCUAUUUUCCGAAAGUGUUUCUAAAAUGUUUUACUACCCCACCGUCUUGAAGCGUCAUUCAGGAUGUUUCUCUACAAUCUGGCUGGUUGCCACAAAAGGAAUCAAAGUUCCUCGUCGGGACUUCCUGAAAGUCAACGUCAUAAGCACCUGCGAGGACAUCAUGAACUACGUGCUGGUGCGAAUCCCCCCCCCUCAGCCCGGCCUGCCUCGACCUCGCUUCUCCCUCUACCUCUCCUCCCAGCUCCAGUACGGCGUCAUCCUCGUAUACCACCGUCAGUGUGCUCUUCUGCUGGUUGAGCUUCAGUCUGUUGUGGGGAAGCUGGUGAAACAGAGGUCCUCCCAGAAAAAUGAUAUGGAUGAGCCCAUCAGACAUGCGGUGGACUUCCCCGAUGUCCUGAGUCUCAUGGAGGAAACCGAAGCAGCGCUUGACCCGUUAUUCGGAGUGAUGUUCAUGGGAGAAGCCAUGCCCAGUCCAAACACACUGUUACAGAUGGGUCAAGAGUAUCAGAGUGAACUGUCUCCGGAGCUUCCAGCUGCUGAACAACUGAGCACCAUAACUGCAUCUCCAGAAACCAUCACCCUGAGAGAGACGGAGCCUCCCGCUUUCCCUCACACAGAGUUUGAAGGCGAGGAGCUGGUUGUUCAGCACCCAGAUACGAUUGACAUCCUCAUGGCCGAGAUAGGUUACUUUCCAGAAGGUGAGGAUUUAGAUAUAUUUAGAGAAGAAGACCUGGAGAGAAAGACAACAAGAGAUCUCACAGCUUCCACAAUUGAGUUUCAGCCCACCACUCUCUUCACUGAGGAGGUCAUUCUGCCUCAGGAAGAUCCAGGCCUGUCCGUGGAGAAAGACAGAACCCCUUCAGACCUGGCAACCCCCGCCAGUGUGUCCACCCCCCCCUUCCCACCACAUGCAGCAGAGAAACACCGAGAACCAACUCUACAGUCAGAGGAUGUGAGGAUGAGGAGGGCGAGGAGGAGGAGGCAGCUUAUCUUCAUCGACCCCGAGACUCAGAUCCCAGAGGAUGUCCAGCAGGAGCAGAUCGACAACCCUUAUAUUGAGACCAGACUUCCUGUUAUAGCAACGCCGCCUUCUCAGAGGUUGCCCUCUCCUGCUGAGCUCUUCAAUAAUCCCUGCACACCCUUACCGGAAGAGUUGCUGUUACUAUGGAAACAGGCUGCGACCAUCACGCCUCUCUUAGGCUCGGACCUGCAGGUCGGGGAGACACGGCCCGACUCCACCGACUCCGAAAGGGAAAGAGAGCGUGAGAUGGCCGAGGCGGCGGCGGCGGCGGCGGCAGCAGUGGAGGAGGGGGGUGCUGCCCUCAGCCCCAAGGAGGUGCCCCGAGAGGUGGCAGAGCCGGAGAUGUACGAAAUUUCAGGUAAACAUUGUGUAAAAAAACAACAACAUCAAAGUGUGGUUUGGAUUCAAACCAGAGACCGGGGAGAGUUUUAACUGGGGCUGAAGUGUGUGUCUACAGCAGUUGCUUUUAGCGCAACUUAGUCUGUGUCCUCCCAGGGGUGAGGGUGAGGUCAGAGGUGGGGGAUAGGCAUGUACCCCUUGUGGUUAAGCGUUAGCGCAAGCCUAGAGCGAACAAAUACAAGCCAAUAUAAUAUCUUAUUUAUAAUAUAUAACAUUGUGUAUGUAUUUGUCCAGACCAUGAUUCACUGGGGCUGGAGAGAUCUGACCAAAGGGAGGCGUCUCGAGACAUC